AUGGAUCUUGGCUUCCCGAAGUUUGAAAAUGGACCUGAAUUUGACUGCAUCAACUUUGAAGAAAACCCAUUUCGAAUGUUGGAGUUGUCGGCUUUUGAAAUGGAUAGUUCUUACGAUUUCAAUUCAUCUUCGUUGCCAUCCCAAUCCAAUAAUGCAUGUGUUGAGUUCAUGGAUUUUGAAGAAAUAAGCAACGACUUUACUCUUUUAGAUCACAAUGAAGAUGAAAUGGUUGAUGUAAAGCCUCUAAAGGCAGUAGUUGAUUCAUUGGGUCACCAUUGUGGCAAUAUGACGAACAACAGUGGUUCAAGUGGAACUUUGAGUAAAAGUAGAAGCAGGAGUUUUAGGAGGAAGAGAACAGGUGCAUUGGAAUUAGAUGAGUUUCAAAAGUACUUUGAUUUUCCCAUAUCCAAAGCUGCUAAAGAGAUGAAUGUGGGUUUAACUCUGUUGAAGAAGAGAUGCAGGGAACCUAACAUCUUGAGAUGGCCUCAUAGGAAGAUCAAGAGCUUGAAGUCACUCAUCAACAAUGUCAAGGAGCUUGGUUUGACUAAUGAGAUACAGGUGUUGGAGGAGCACCAAAGGAUGCUAGAGAAACUGCCAGAUAUGGAAUUGCCAGAGAGAACAAAGAAGCUAAGACAGGCAUGCUUCAAAGCUAAUUACAAGAAAGAAGGUCCCUUGCCUCCUUUUUUUGACUAUUAUGCUAUUCAGCUCUUACUUUUCUGCUAUUAUAUACAGUCAACACAGCCACUUUUCUCCAUAUGUUUUGAAUCAACAACCAUUUAUAGAUUUUAA